AUGGAAAGUGAAGAACGAGUAAUGGAAAAUGGGAAAUGGAGGAUGGGCAACGGGAAAUGGAGAAUAGGCAAUGGAAAAUUGAGAACGGGAAAUGGGAAAUGGAGAGUGGGCGAUGGGAAAUUGGAAAUGGUAAAUGGGGAACGGAGAUGGGAGAAUUGAAAAUGGGAAACGGAUAAUGAGAAAUGAAUAAUAGGCGAUGGCAAAUGGAAAAUGGAGAAUUGAGAAUGGAUAAUGGAGAUUGGAGAAUGGGAAAUAGAGAAUUAGAGAUGGAAAAUCAGGAAUUUGGGAAAGGUGAAUGGAGAAUGGAGAACUAGGGAUAGAAAAUCAAGUGUUCCAAGGGAACAUUGAUGACUGCUUUAGGAUUGGAAUUUCACUCAUGAAGAAAUGUGUGAAGCUGUAUGCUAAGCUUUAUUCAUCAAAAAUUAUUGUGGCUUCACCUCUUGGACUGAGGAUGAUAAUCAUUGGAAGUGCAGGGUAUUUCUAUAAAACUAUAAAACUAUAA